AUGGACGACAGGGUCGAGAGACAAUUCAAGACGGCAAUCGAGCACCGGCAUCAACUCUGUCUAGAAAAUGCUAAGAAGGUGGGUGAUACGAAUAAUCAGGGAAAAAGUUAUCGCAAUCUAGGCAACAUUUACCAUGGCGUUGGAAAAUACGAAACAGCUGUAGAGUACCAUCUACGUGCUCUAGAAAUUGCCAGAGAAGUGGGAAAAAAGUUCGAUGAGGGAAGAAGUUACUGCAAUCUCGGCAGGGCUUAUCGUGGUUUAAGACGGUUCAAAACAGCAAUCGAGUACCAUCAACGUCAUCUAGCAAUCGCCGAAGAAGUGGAAGACACGACCGAUGAGGCAGUUAGCUAUUAUAGUAGUCUCGGCUGGGCCUAUCACGGUCUAGGACAGUUCAAAGAGGCAAUCGAGUACCAUCGAAGCCACCUAGAAAUUACCAAGGACAUGGGAGAUAAGAUUGGAGAAGGAAUCGCCUAUUGCACUCUCGGCAAGGCUUAUCGUGGUCUUGGACAGUUCCAAACAGCAAUCGAGUAUCAUCGACGUCAUCUUGAAAUUUCCGAAGAAGUGGGAGACAAGGUCGAACAGGGAAUUGGUUAUGGCAAUCUUGGCUGCGCUUGUCAAGGUCUAGGGCAAUUCAAAAAAGCAAUCAAGUACCAUCUCAGUCAUUUAAAAGUCUCCCAAAAAGUUGCAGACAAAGCCGGAGCAGGAGUCAGCUAUGGUAAUCUAGGCAACGCUUAUCAUAUCCUAGGACAGUUUAAAACAGCAAUCAAUAACCAUCAUCUUCAUUUAGAAAUUGCUAGAGAAGUAGGAGACAAGGCUGGAGAGGGCAUCAGUUAUGGAAUUCUGGGCUGUGCAUAA